AUGGUAGCUUGGGCAGCUUUAGGCGCAAUGGGAACAAAAGCAUUAGCAUUUGGAGCAAAAGCACUUGGAGCUUAUGACGCAGUAAAUAAAAUGAGUGGAGGAAGGGUUUCGAAGACAUUAGAUGCAAAUAAAGGGAAGAUUGGAGGCUGGGUUGCAAAGAAGUUAAGAUUAAAUAAAAUAGGGCUCAUAAAUAAAGCAUCCAAUUUGGUUGCGACUGAGUCAGAAAAUGCUUUAGGAAAGGACGAUGAGUUUGCAAAACAUGCAAAAGACUUUAAUGACCAGAUGAAAGGUGAAACAAUGCAUUUAAAUAGAGUCGAUGGAACUAAAGAAAAUGUUUCUUCUCCACCAGUAGUUCUUCCGUAUG